CAGACAAUUAAGUUUUAAGUAGCAAAUGUUUCUCCACAGUUCUUUGUUUGCUAUUUAAGGUAGAUGUCGUUUCAGUUAAGGUGUAGUUAAAAAAGGCUCCUAUGAAGUCCUUUUCACCUUUAUUCAUGAACUUUUAGAAAGUUAAUUAUUUUAUAUAUUUAUUUAUUUUUAAAUUAUUAUUUUGUCAAACUGGAUUCCUUCAGUAGUGGAACCAGUGGAACAGUCCGCGUGGUAAAAGUCCUCAGCUGAUUGGUGGCGAAAGCGUGACGUCAUCACGUACAGCGGGACGGCUCGAAGAGGAUAAACAAAAAGGAAGGAAGCCUGAGGUAAACAAUCGCGGCAAAAUUGGUUCCAAACUGCCAUAAAGGCUACAGUUAGCCACCCUAUGAACCUUGUAUUCGCUGCUUAAGUGUUUUCCGCUUUGCGAACACAAUCAUGGAAGAGUCGUUGAUGUUUCGUAUGAGUGCUUUUUCCGAGCAAGGAGGGAGAAAAUACAUGGAGGAUGUUGUCGAAAUAAGAAUCGAGUACGAGCCCACGGCGUCAUCCGUGGAAGAUUAUCCAAAGUCGCAGAGGGAUGGAGGGAUGGGGGGCGCGGAGGACGAACCCGCAAAGCAGCCCGUGUUGGAAGCGCGCGGUCACGCCGAACCCGGCGGUCCCGCGGCGGUGGCGUGGGUGCAGAGUUUAUCCACCGAGGACAGCUGCAGCAUCAGCUCCCCGGCAUCCAAGCAGCAGUGCGCGGAGCAGGUUGUUGACACUCGGAAGUCUGUGGCUUUCUUCGCCGUCUUCGACGGUCACGGGGGCCGCGAGGCGGCACAUUUCGCCAGCGAGCAUCUGUGGGAUUUGUUGAAGAGACAGCGGGGCUUCUGGUCGAAGGAUCCCGGCGAGGUGUGCGCUGCUCUCAGGAAAGGAUUCAUCGCCUGCCACCACGCAAUGUGGAAGGAGCUACCGGCGUGGCCGAAGACUAUUACCGGCCUGCCCAGCACGUCAGGGACCACGGCGAGCGUCGUUGUGAUUCGUGGAGCUCACAUGUACAUCGCUCAUGUGGGAGAUUCGGCCGUCGUGGUCGGAGUGAAAGAGAAUGACUCUGAUAUUACCCUACAAGCCCUUGAAAUAACACAAGAUCAUAAACCCGAGCUCCCUAAAGAGAAAGAGAGGAUAGAGCGACUGGGCGGCAGUGUGAUGAAGAAGUCUGGGGUGAAUCGUGUGGUCUGGAAGAGGCCCAGACUGACCCAUAACGGCCCGGUGAGGAGGAGCACCGUCAUAGACCAGAUCCCAUUCCUGGCUGUUGCUCGAUCUCUAGGAGAUUUAUGGAGCUAUGACUUCUACAGCGGGGAGUUUGUCGUUUCUCCAGAACCCGAUACCACUGUGAUGACCCUCGAUCCCAAACGCCACCGCUACAUCAUCCUGGGCAGUGACGGCUUAUGGAAUAUGAUGCCGCCCACGAAUGCUGUCAACAUGUGCUACAGUCACGACAAAAUGGUGGGACCCAAGGGGAUGUCUUGCGCGCGGAGACUGGGCUGCACGGCUCUGCUGUUCUGGAAGGAGCGCAUGCUCCGCGCCGAUAACACCACCGUCAUCGUCCUGGCCUUGCAGGAGCGUGACGCUGCACCCAUCCCCAUGCAUCGAGAUGAGAUUCUCGUGGACAUGGCUACGGGAAUCGACCAGAUUCCUUUCCCUGGAACGACUUACAACACCUGCGAAGUCCAGAAGAUAAGCGACCCUGUGACUGCUCCAUCCAUGUAUAAUGAAAGCUCAGGAACUCUGCUCCAGGCGUUUGGUUUAUACGAGGCAGCUUUCAGUGCCACCACACAGCUCUUACCCGAUGCGGACUCUGUGAGGGCCUCCCUGCCCCCUCCGGAGGGCGCGCACGACGUCUUUGAAAAGCAGGACGAAACGACCAUGGCGGACUGCGCCCUUAUUGCGCCGCCUUUCAAGCGGCCCCGCCGCUCCUCACACAGAACCUCUGAACCCAAAGCUCCUCACCAUAAACCCGUCAAGGGUUUUCCUCCGACGUCACUUCCUGAACCGGUGCUUCCGUCUGCUGAUCAAACCGCAGAGACGAGCUCACCCGACGAAGACGACAUCCUCACGCAGCACCAAAGCUCCGCUCUGUGCGUGUGCUGAAUGUCGCCCGGAGUUCUAAAGCCACAGGCUCCUUAUUACAUGUAUACUUUUUUAUAUAGUCUUUGUAACUAUGUGAGACAUGGGUAUUGUAAAAAUGUGUUGCUGUGUUUUCUUUUUUGUUCCUUCUUCUAUCUUUGAGUAUACAUUUUUAAAUCUUGGAAUUGCCAAUUUCAGUCUAUUUUCCUAAGUAUUUAUGGUAUAUCCAAAGGUGUAUUUUCAUGUAUUCAUUAACUUUGGUUAAACUGAAGUAGGAUUCAUGCAUCGAAUAAGCUUUUUGUAGAUUAAUUUUACUUUGCUAAGGAGAGAUUCUAUGUACAGCCUCUCUUUGGUAUGGCUAUUUUCCUAAGAUCUUGGAAAAAAAAUGUGCAUCCAUACCAUUGUUUUUUGUUUUUUUUUUAUGUCAUAAGAAGUUUAAACCACACAUUCUGCAUCCUGGGUAGUAGAUGCUAUCUACGGGUAAAGGCGUUGUUUAUUAAACGAUUUGAAUUUUAAAUUGUGCUUUCCCAAGCGCCUUCGCUAAGUUAUUGAUUUUUCUAAAUGAAUAAAUAUUAAUUAAUUCUGUAAUAACAUUCAUUAUACAAUAACUUUUUGGCCUUAUUGGACGUCAGCACCUUAAAAUCCAACUGUUACCAGUUCAAUGCUUCAGCGUGUCUUCCAUUACAGGUUCUAAUGGUUCAUACUUGUGCUUUAAUCUGGCCUUCAAAGUGUGUCUCACUUAAAAGUGGUCAAAAGUUGUGUUCAUAUGGCAGCUCAGUUCUAUAGUUUUUUUUUUUUUUUUAAUAUCAUCUUUGCCUUAACACAAAUCAGUGUGAGGUACUGUUCAUAUGCAGGACCCAAAGGAUGACGACGGGGAGUUAUCCCAAUGUUGGAAUAAUUAUGGUGGACUCAUGCCCCUUUGGUUUGUUCUGUUUUGUGAGUUUUACUACAGGGCACAGACCCUUCUGUGUACUCCAUAUACUUAUGUUUGUCUGGACAGUUUUUUUUUUUUGUAUAUUUUGUCUAUAUGCAAUUAAAGUUUGUACAGUACCAAAUUAUGCAAAUAAUGGGAGAUUCAGAAUAAACAUAAGGAAGAACUUUGGUCCGACUUUAUAUCCACUGCAUCCAGUUUUCAAGUCUUACUGUCAAUGUUGCAGUCUUCAAGUGGCUUGACCUGUUACGUAUGUCUUGCAAUAAAAUUCCUAUUUUGGAAA